GCGCUAACCACGUGGUCCACUCAGAGUCGUGACCUGAAACCAGGCUAGCUGCUGCACGCACUGUAACGAGGCGCCAUGGCGGAAUAUCAUAGACCUGACAGCAAGAAAAUACAAAAUUUAAGAGAUGUUGCGAACCGUCUACGAAUUCACAGCAUAAGUGCUACGAAUGCUAGCAAUUCUGGGCAUCCAACAUCAUGUUGCAGUGCGGCAGAGAUUAUGUCUGUAUUGUUCUUCCAUCAAAUGAAGUAUAAAGUAAAGGAACCAAAAGAUGCAGCAAACGACAGAUUUGUCAUGUCUAAGGGCCAUGCAGCUCCUAUUCUGUAUGCAGCUUGGGCAGAGGCUGGUUUAUUUCCAAAAGAAGAUUUGUUAAAUCUAAGAAAGAUUGACAGUGAUUUGGAAGGACAUCCAACACCUAGACUUAAUUUCAUAGAUGUAGCCACUGGUUCCUUGGGACAAGGUUUGAGUAUAGCAUGUGGUAUGGCAUAUAUUGGAAAAUACAUUGAUAAAGCAAGAACCAAAUUGAGACUUUUCACUCCUCGACUUCUAUUUAAAAGAUUAUACGGUAUCUUGCUUUUUGCUAGCAACGAAGGUAUUGAAGAUCAAAUGAACUGGCAUGGUAAACCUCUUGGUGAUAAAGCUGAAGGUGCAAUUGAAGCUAUUCACAAAUUGAUUGUCACUAAGAAUGGGCAUGGUUUGUGUCCACAGCUCCCCUCUAGUGAAGUGCCAGCUGUGGAUUUAAAAGUCAAACUAUCUGAACCACCUAGUUAUACUAAAGGACAAAAGGUAGCUACUCGUUUGGCUUAUGGGACUGCAUUGGCUAAAAUAGGAACUGACAAUGUUAGAGUGGUAGCGAUGGAUGGAGAUACAAAGAACUCAACAUUUGCUGAUAAAUUCAAGAAUGCCCAUCCAGAUCGUUUCGUUGAAUGUUUCAUUGCUGAGCAAAAUCUUGUUGGUGUGGCCAUUGGUGCUGCUUGUCGUGACCGUACUGUUGCGUUUGCUAGUACAUUUGCUGCAUUCUUCAGUCGUGCAUAUGAUCUGCUUCGUAUGGGAGCAAUUUCUCAAACAAACGCAAAUUUCUGUGGAUCUCAUUGUGGUGUUUCUAUAGGUGAGGAUGGACCUUCCCAGAUGGCAUUGGAAGAUUUAGCUAUGUUCCGUGCCAUUCCUGGCUCUACUGUUUUCUAUCCCAGUGAUGCAGUGUCCACUGAAAGAGCUGUUGAGUUAGCAGCCAACACCACCGGAAUCUGCUUUAUUCGUAGCAGCCGUCCACCUACGGCUGUGCUAUAUGACAACAAUGAAGUUUUCCAGCCUGGUAAAGCAAAGGUUGUACGUCAAAGUGACAAAGAUUCUGUGACUAUUAUUGGUGCAGGUGUCACAUUAUAUGAAGCAAUAGCUGCUGCCGACAAGCUAUCCGCUGAUGGCAUUAAUGUGCGAAUCAUCGAUCCAUUUACCAUUAAACCAUUGGAUGUAGAAACUAUUGCCACAAAUGCUCGCAAGACUGGUGGUAAAAUUCUCACUGUUGAAGAUCAUUAUCCUGAAGGUGGCAUAGGUGAGGCUGUUGCAGGCGCUAUGUCAGAGUUUCCUAAUAUCACCAUACGUCGCCUAGCAGUGAAUGCUGUACCACGUAGUGGAAAAUCUACCGAGCUGCUCGAUAUGUUUGGUAUCAGUUCUUCUGCUAUCGUCAAGACCAUUAAGGAAAUGGUGAAAUAAAUAAAUACAGAAAUGUACAAAUCUGAUUGUAUGCAUAGGUGAUACUGUUCGUAAAUAGUCCAAAGUAGUGUUUUGAACAGCUGUAUAUAUUUAUAUACGUCAAGGAUAUAAUAACAUGCUUUAAUUCUGCAUUAGUGUAUUACUCCUCUGUCUAGAACGUUUUUGUAUAUGGGAACUUAAUUCAUCAUAGAGAACCAUGAAAAUUAAUUUGUUGUCCUCGUGAAUAUUUUUAUAAGUUUGCGAAACAUUAUUAGAUCAUUAAGUCGCAAGGGUUUCAUGAAAAUGUCAGCAUAAUUACCGAUGAGAAAUUAAGAUAUGUUGUAGGUUCAUGCAAAUUGCAGACCAACAUGUUCUGUAUUGGAGUUUUACAGGGUAAUAAAAGCCAUGGUAGUUGAAAU